CGCAUCGCUUAAUCUGACGGUGUCUUGUUUUCACAGCUUUCCAAACGUAAACUUGGAAACCUUUUUCCUACUGGGACAACACAUUUCUAUGUUUUUUUCUCCUGCGUAUCUUCUCCAUACUGAAUAGAUGUGUCAGUUAAAAUCGAAAUGUACAAUAUCCGUCUCGUACUCGUAGCUAGCUAGCUAUUCAUUGAAAUAUUACAAAGCUCGAUACAGUUUAAGAUGCUAGGGAUUUCACAGUGUACCCUUGUUUUGAGAACGGCACUGCACUGAUUUAAGCGGCAAGGAAUUGGUGGUGGCAUUUUUCCUGGGGUUUAAUUGUACAAAUACGUUUUGCUUCCGUUGCAACUGGGCUUUUUUUUCGUAAAUGUGAACCGAGCAUGUCAUUUGAUUAUUUGCGUGAUCUUAAAGUUGAAAGCAAAGACAAACCCCGCCCAUGUAGUGAAAGAGCGGCUACGCUGAAGUAUAUCGAGGAUACUCAACACACUCGUUCCCAGGAAGUACGUCACAAGACGUUUUACGGUUAAAGCCACGCCAAUUGUGGUGUGCCAGCGCCAUCUACUGCAAUAAUACUGGAUAAAUACAAAUAUUUGCAUUGUCUGUGUCGUUCCAUAGAGGGUGCUAUUACUUCAGGAUCUUUACUUUGGCUCGCUUGCUUUAACACCCUAUGACAAGCAGCCUGGUUUCAAAACCCGCAAGCCCGCUUUCUGCUGUUAGCACGGGCCAAAGUUAUCCCGGAAUAAGGACAGCACGCAUGUGCCGUCAACCCGGAUAUAGAAUUUGAUGGUCUUCUUCUUCCAUUUUAUGAAGCUAUAUUCAAUUUACAUAUAAAUUGGCAAAACUGACGAUUUGUCUGGGCAUUCUAGCGCCACUACGUCUAUUUAAACCGGCCCCAACCGGGAUAAACAGUGUAGCUAUCUUAGCGGUGAAUGUCACAACUGAUUUGCCAAUCGCUGCGGUUAUUAUCAAAACUGGAUUUUGCACUCAAGACAGUACUAGUACAGUUAUACCCUAGCCAAGCUAACGGUAGCUCGAGGAGGUGAUGCACAAGCUUACUUUAGGUAACUGGAAAAUUGACUUUGCAUGUAACGUUAACUUUUGAUGAAGAGAGUGGGCACGAUGGACUACCGUGGAAGAAGACAUGAACGUGGAAGCAACUGGUCUGACCCAGAGAUAGUUGAACUGCUCCAGCUGUGGUCUGACGAGACAGUCCAACUCGAGCUGGAAAGCUCCCUUCGAAAUCAACAUGUCUUUGACAGGAUAGCGGCCGCUUUGCGAGAUAGGAGCAUAUAUCGCACUGGGGACCAGUGCAGGGAGAAGAUCAAAAAGAUGAAGCUAGAAUACCGACGUAUCAAAGACAAUCACAAGUUGAGGUCCUGGAAAUUUUACGAUGUGAUGGACAGGGUGUUAGCAAAUAGACCAGCCAUAACGUAUUCCUCGCUGGGAGGUGCAGUCAUCGCCCACCAGGUCCUGCACAGUCCCAGCGGGACAGACUUAUACAUGCACGGGCUCCCUGCAACUACUUUCGGUCCCGCGACCUCGGGUGGGUUUUUGUUUGGCAACCCGCCAAGGCCAGGAGAUGACGCGCUGCGCGUUAAAUGUGAGGACGUGGAGUCUGGAGAUGGAGCACCCCCACAGCUGCUCUACAAUUAUGGAUCCGAGGAUGAUCAGGAGACAGAGAGGAGAUCUGCCGGAUUGGACGAGGACCCUGUGCCCCUUGUUGAACGUGGGGAGUGCAUUGCAAACAUGAUAUCUCCAUCAGAUUUCAGCGACCAGAACCUGGCCGGUUCCUCGGGCACGGGAGCCUCCACCUCCGCUGCUCCUGCCCACAUGGACCCUGAGGGCCAGGGAGAGCGGCAGGCCACCCGGACCCAGCCCCCCGAGAGGCAGAGGAAGCGCCGGCGUGGUGCGGGGCGGGGGGCCGGCUCGUGCGGGGGCCACGGGGCCUUGGACCAUGCUCUGGUGAGCUUCCUCAAGUGGCAGCGCUCGGCAGAGGAGCGCCUCCUGUCCCUGGAGGAGGCGCGUCUGGAGCGGGAGGCGCGGGCCGAGGAGCGGAGGGAGCAGCAGGAGGAGAGGAGGGCGGAGAGGGAGAGGCAGCAUGAGUUGCGUCUCCUCAGCGUGUUCGCCGGGGCCCUGGCUGCAGCCAGACACACCGGCCCCUCCCCUGCUGACAGCACCCUCCCGCCCGCCGCCGCCCCCCCCGGCUCUCUCUACACCCACUCUGUCUCGACGUCCUCCACCAACCCAGAGGCUCCUGCUGCCUCAUCAGCCUUGUCCAGGGUGCCCGUCCUCAGUCCCCCCUCCGCGGAGACACUUGUCCCAGCUGGGCCUCCCCCUAUAUCUGGAAACAUCCUGGCCACUCUGAGAGGGGCCGACACACCUGGGCAUAGUGUUUACCUGUCUCGCCGGGGUAACACCAUCAGACAGCACCAGGGCAUCCUGCAGGAGGGCUACACCCAGUACCAUGCUGAUAAACACCAUGACACUGACAACCCCGGCGGAAUCAUCAACAUGGGCACCAGUGAGAACAAGCUGUGCUAUGAUCUGCUCCAUAAAAGGCUGGCCCAGUCUGACAUGCAACACAUGGACGCAGCCCUGCUCCAGUAUCCAGACUGGAAAGGCCACCGCUUUCUGAGAGAAGAGGUUGCCAGAUUCCUGACGCACUACUGUCACCCCCCCAGCCCGCUGAAAGCUGACAGGGUGGUGGUGAUGAACGGUUGUGGUUCUCUUUUCUCCUCCAUUGCUGCUGUGAUAUGCGACCCUGAAGAUGCCAUGCUCAUCCCCACCCCGUUCUAUGGGGUGAUUACUGAGGACCUACACCUCUACAGUGGAGUCAGGCUCUUCCAUGUUCCCCUGGACUGUGAGCCCAGUGGCCUCGGCGGAAGGCCAUUCCAACUUACCGCGUCCCACCUGGAGAAGGCUCUGACAAACGCCAAGAGAGAGGGGGUGAACAUCCGAGCCGUGAUCCUGGUCAACCCUCACAACCCCUUGGCAGAGGUCUACAGCCCCCAGGAGAUGAGGGCCUUCCUGGAGUUUGCCAAAAAGCACAAGCUGCACGCCAUCGUCGACGAGGUCUACAUGUUGACUGUGUUUGACGACUCCGUCCCGUUCCACAGCGUUCUCAGUCUAGACAGCCUGCCUGAUCCUCAGAGAACACAUGUUAUGUGGGGGACCAGCAAGGACUUUGCGAUGGCUGGAAUGCGUGUAGGUACUCUGUACACUCAGAACCAGGACUUGGUAGAAGCUCUGGACCAGAUGGGAGCGUUUCAUGGUGUCCCCGGACCCAUACAACACCAGGUGGCCCAACUGCUCCAGGACAGGGACUGGGUGAGCGGAGAGUUCCUCCCAGAGACGAGGCGGAGGCUGCAGGCUGCUCACAGCUACGUGGCCAGGCAGCUCCAGGGCCUGGGCGUACCCUACCUCCACAGGUCUGCAGGCUUCUACAUAUGGGCAGACCUCAGGAAGUACCUGCGCGAGGCUUCGUUUGCUGAGGAGCUGUCCCUGUGGAGGUGUUUCCUCAGACACAAGGUGGUGCUUAGCUGUGGCCAGGCCUUCUCCUGCUCCACUCCAGGGUGGUUCCGCAUAGUCUUCACGCAGCAACAGCGCCACCUGCAGCUUGGCAUGGAGCGGAUCAGGCAGGCCUUGGAGGAGACGGAGGCAGCGAGAGGCUCCUCUGGCACGGGAGCCACCACAGCAUCUGGGGGGCAGGAGGAAGCCUCAGUGAGGUCUCUGAAGAAGGAGGACAGCACCGACUCAGACAAAGCAGUGACCGUCAACUCUGUGUCUGUCAACCUGCCAGAGAACAAACCAACAGACGAGUCAACACAGGAGGAUGAGCCCGCCCCUGACAUCCCCUCACUGGCCAGCGAGGACUUGGUGCUGCUAGACUGCCAAACGGCUCAACCCGCAGAUGGAUUAGACUCUCUGAUUGGUGCUCUGAGACAGCAGAUCCGCUCCUCUGAUUGGCUGGAGAAGAACACCCCCGAGCUGGCCGCUGGGGAGGACCCGGGCCUGCUGGACGUCUUCACAGAGCUGCUGGACAGAGCCAGGAAAUAAGAGCCAGGAAAUAAGAGCCAGGAAAUAGGAGCCAGGAAAUAGGAGCCAGGAAAUAGGAGCCAGAAAAUAGGAGCCAGGGGAGGAGACAAACAAUUGAUAAAAAGGCCUAAACUUAAAUUCAGUUGGAUGCUGACUUGUUUUCUUGUUGUGUUCCUGUUCUGCAAUGCACUUUUAUUUCUAAAUGUGUUCAAAAAGUUCCUUAUCGUGUAUUCCCGUACCACAAGGUCUUCUAUAACAAAUAAAAAUGCGUACAGUGAUGCUCUUUAAAGAGUAAAGCCAAUAGUCAGACCUCAUCGGAGGGUUGAUCUGUUUGGUUAGUUGUUUAAGAAAGUACCGUGCAACUGUGAUCAUGACAAUUCGGAAUGAAAUAUGAAUAUAGAUGGGUAUCAUGAUCAUAAAAUAUCUUUGAGACCAUAUUGAGUAUUUGACGUUAGAAGUGUCACGUGGUGUUUCUGUCAGGCGUGGGUUGCUGGGGUCUUUCCAUGAACCACCUUACGUGACCCAUGAUACUUCUGGUGGGAGACAAGAGAAAGCAGACUUCCGUUUGAAAAUGUAUGUGAGCAACUGAGAAAGAUUAGGCCUAAACGAGGAGGAAGUGGGGGUUUUCUUUCCUUUGAGUUAUUUAUAAUGCAGAACACUGUAACACUCCUAUUCUCACUCACUGUUCUGUGAAACAAAAAGCACAAAGAAAACGUCAAAGAUUUGUUUUUUUAUUGUGAAUCCUUCAAUUGAAUUGUAUUAAAAACCAUAGUUGAUAAGCUACGUA